AAGCACCCCCGGCGGCACCCCCCCGGCAGCCGUUUCCCCGUCCCCCUGCGCCCCCCCCCGGGGCGGUGCGGCUCCUCCGGGGGUUCCCCGCUAAAGGCUGCGGGCGCCCAUCCCCACGGCCUCGGGGCCGGCCCGGGCGGCUGCGCACACGGGGCCGUGCCGGGCCCGCCUCCGCCUCCGCCGCUCGGCUCGGCAGCACCGCGGACAGCGCCGGUGCCGCCCGCCCGGCUCGGCUCGGCUCGGCUCGGCUCGGCCCGGCCCCGCGGACAGCUCCGCUUCUCCAUCUCCCGGCCCGGUGCGGCGCGGCACGGCUCGGCACGGCCCGGGGCGCACGGCGCGCCAUGGCCACGGAGGUGCACAGCCUGCAGGAGCUGCGGCGCAGCGCGUCCCUGGCCACCAAGGUCUUUGUGCAGCGGGACUACAGCGACGGGACCACGUGCCAGUUCCAGACAAAGUUCCCCCCCGAGCUGGAGAGCCGGAUCGAGCGCCAGCUCUUCGAGGAGACCGUGAAAACUCUUAACAGCUUCUACGCUGAAGCGGAGAAGAUCGGGGGCAGCUCGUACCUGGAGGGGUGCCUGGCCUGCGCCACCGCCUAUUUCAUCUUCCUCUGCAUGGAGACGCACUACGAGAAGGUCCUGAAGAAGAUCUCCAAGUACAUCCAGGAGCAGAACGAGAAGAUCUACGCACCGCGGGGGCUGCUGCUCACCGACCCGCUGGAGCGUGGCAUGAGGGUCAUCGAGAUCUCCAUCUACGAGGACCGGUGCAGCAGCGGCAGCUCCAGCAGCGGCAGCUCCAGCAGCAGCAGUGGCGGCGGGGGGGGCGGCGCGGGGGGCCGGUGACUGGCAGAGAGUCCCUGCAGGGACUCGUACUGCCGGGACAGCGGCCUCUCCGAAAUCCGCAGGCUGCACUACCAGAGCACCCGCUUCUGAGCCCAGAGCGGGGUGGGUGGGUGGGCGGGCGGGGGGGGCCCGGGGGCUGCCCACUCCCCCCCUCUGCGACAUGCCCCCCACAGCGGCUCUGCCCCUGCUCAGACCCGCUGCGGGCAGGGGCUGCUGCUGGGGUGUCCCAGGUGCUUCCCACUGAGCCAAACCAGUGCCAAAGGGCUCCCGCAGCCCCCACCCCGGGGUGCUCUGCGCCGCUGCCCCCGCCCCGAGCAGCCCCAGCGGGCAGCGCCCCAGUGCCUGCAGUGCCCCGGAUGGGGGGCUUCGCCCCGUGCCCCCGGGGUGCCCUGCUCUUGGUGCCACGGGCCCGUCGCCCCAGUGCCACUUCGUCUGCGUGUCGGUGCUGUGCGCACCCCACACGCUGCCCAUUGCUGCUCCGGCAGCACCCCGCUGCCUGCCCGACCCCGUGCCGUCCCCAGCGAGCUCCCUGCUCCUGCUGCUGAGCCCUCCUCUGCCCCCACACGUCCUGCAUGCGCCCCUCACCCCCCUGCAUCGGGGGUGCCCUGCUCCCUGCACCUUGCAGAGCCUCCCCCUGCCCCCCAAUUCUCAGCCUGUGGGGACCCCCAGCUGCAAGGAAGGGCCAGGUGGGGAUUUUUGGGAAUGGGACAAGCCCCUGCGUGGGUGCAGGGUGGAAGUAAGCCUGCAUGGCUCUCCCAGGGCCGCAGGGGAAGGGCUCUGCCCCCCAGGACCCCCCCUCAGCUCGGUCAUUGUGCGCGUGGGGCCCCCAGCCCCGCUGUUCCCGCUGGGGCACCCUGCAUGGAGCCCUUCAAUAAACCUCACGCUUCAUCCCCA